CCUGAAGCCGUUCUUGUCGGUGGUCCCAUUCUGCCUGUUCCUGAUGAUGGAUAUCUACCGGAAGUACGAGACCCGGCCGAGCUGCGACGGCAAAUCCUGCAGCCUGAGUUAACAGCUCCGCCACCAGAAAUCAAUCAUGAAGAGCCAGAGGAACGCCCAGUUGAUCGCCGCCGCACUGAUCUCUAUUGGCUGCUUUAUUUCGUCACCAAUCUCAUCGUCAAGAGAGAGCAGCUGAAUCAGCGCGUUGAGAGACUCAAGAGUAAGGAGUGA